UUAUAGUCGGGGGGGACGCAGUGCACGGUUGUAUCGCUCCGCCGGCGGAGGAAAUGCUCCUAGACCAAUCACAUCUGUGUUUACACCAUCACCUGUCAAACACACACCCUCCGUUACAUUUUCUCUCUGAAAGGAGCUGAAACACACACUCACACUGAAGCGCCUACGGUAGCCGCUAACUGGACGGACUCUCUGGCAAUUGACCUUUCGCAGUGGAAUAGUGGAAUAAGUCUUGAACUAUGAGCUCAGUGGCAGUGUUGACCCCGGAGAGCUUUGCAGAGCAUCGCAGCGGCCUCAAGGACCAGGAGAUAGCAGGCUGCGUCCCGGAGGAUGAGGCCUACAUCCCUACCUACCUGGAGGCCUUCCCUCCUCUGCCGGAGAAGGGGGCACCAGGGGAGAAGGCCGGGGAACCAGCGUCGGUGUGGGGGGGCAAGAUCAGACCCAUUAAAGCUUCUGUCAUCACGCAGGUGUUCCACGUCCCCCUGGAGGAGCGCCGCUACAAGGACAACAGCCAGUUCGGGGAGGGCGAGGAGGCCAAAGUGUGCUUGGACAUCAUGCAGCGGACCGGGGCGCACAUCGAGCUGUCCCUGGCCAAAGACCAGGGCCUGUCCAUCAUGGUCACCGGCAAACUGGACUCCGUCAUGAAGGCUCGCAAGGAAAUCGUGGCUCGCCUGCAGACUCAGGCGUCGGCCACGGUCGCCAUCCCCAAGGAGCACCACCGCUUCGUCAUCGGCAAGAACGGCGAGAAGCUGCAGGAGCUGGAACUGAAGACCGCCACCAAGAUCGCUAUUCCACGCCCCGACGACCCCAGCGCCAACAUCCGCAUCACCGGCACCAAGGAGGGCAUCGAGAAGGCUCGCCACGAGAUCCUGCUCAUCUCGGCCGAGCAGGAUAAGCGUGCCGUGGAGCGUCUGUGCCUGGAGAAGGCCUUCCACCCCUUCAUCGCUGGCGCCCACAACCGGCUGGUGCAGGAGCUGAGCCAGGAGACGGGCGCCCGCAUCAGCAUCCCGCCGCCCAGCCUGCCCAAGGACGAGAUCGUCAUCACGGGGGAGAAGGAGGCCGUCGCGCUGGCGCUCAACCGCAUUCGAGCCAUCUACGACGACAAGAAAAGGAAGACCACGACCAUCUCCGUGGAGGUGAAGAAGUCCCAGCACAAGUACAUCAUAGGUCCGAAGGGCAACACCCUGCAGGAGAUCCUGGAGGCCACGGGGGUGUCCGUGGAGAUGCCCCCCUUGGACUCGGGCUCAGAGACCAUCAUCCUCAGAGGGGAGCCGGACAAACUGGGGCCGGCGCUGACGCAGGUCUACGCCAAGGCUAAGAGUGUGAUGGUGGUGGAGGUGACUGCUCCUGCCUGGCUCCACCGCUUCAUCAUCGGGAAGAAAGGACAGAACAUCGGGCGGAUUACACAGCAGCUACCACGGGUUCACAUAGAGUUUACCGACGGUGAGGAGCGCAUCAGUCUCGAGGGGCCCACAGAAGAGGUGGAGCAGGCUCAGGCCCAGAUACAAGAGAUCAUCAAGGACCUGCUGGUGAGGAUGGACUACACUGAAGUCAUCAUAGACCAGCGCUUUCACAGGCACCUCAUAGGAAAGAACGGAGCCAACAUCAACCGGAUCAAGGAGCAGUACAAAGUGUCGGUACGAAUCCCUCAGGACUCGGAGCGCAGCGGUCUGGUCCGAAUCGAGGGCGACCCCAAAGGGGUGCAGCUGGCCCGCAGGGAGCUCAUCGAGAUGGUCCAGAGAAUGGAAAACGAGCGCACCAAAGACCUGAUCGUGGAGCAGAAGUUCCAUCGGACAAUCAUCGGACAGAAAGGAGAGAAGAUCAAAGAAGUCCGAGACAAGUUUCCCGAGGUCAUUAUUAAUUUCCCCGACCCGGCACAGAAGAGUGACAUUGUCCAGCUGAGGGGGCCGAAGAACGAGGUGGAGAAAUGUGCCAAGUUUCUCCAGAAAAUUAUUGCAGACCUGAUUGAGAACAGCUUCUCGCUCUCGGUCCCCAUAUUUAAGCAGUUUCACAAGAACAUAAUCGGUAAAGGCGGCGCCAACAUCAAAAAGAUUCGUGAAGAGACGAACACCAAGAUCGACCUGCCAACGGAGAACAGCAACUCUGAGAUGAUCGUCAUCACGGGGAAGAAGAGCAACUGUGAGGCAGCCAGAGAUCGAAUCCUCUCCAUCCAGAGAGAACUGGCCAACAUUAAGGAGACGGAGGUCGCCAUCCCAGCCAAGCUGCACAACUCUCUGAUCGGCUCCAAAGGCUGCCUCGUGCGCUCCAUCAUGGAGGACUGCGGCGGCGUCCACAUCCACUUCCCCUCGGAGGGCUCCGGCUCGGACAAGGUCACCAUCAGGGGACCUGCCGGUGAGGUGGAGAAAGCCAAGAAACAGCUGCUGCAGCUGGCCGAAGAGAAGCAAGUCAACAACUUCACAGCCGAGCUGCAGGCCAAGCCCGAGUACCACAAGUUCUUGAUCGGCCGGGGCGGAGCCAACAUUCGCCGGGUGCGAGACAAGACGGGGGCCCGCAUCAUCUUCCCGUCGGCCGACGACACGGAGCAGGAGCUGAUCACCAUCGUGGGGAAAGAGGAAGCAGUUCGUCAGGCCCAGAAGGAGCUGGAAGGCCUGGUCAAAAACCUGGACGACGUGGUGGAGGACAGCAUGGUGGUGGACGUUCGCCACCACCGCCACUUCGUGUGUCGGCGAGGCCAGGUGCUGCGGGAGCUGGCGGAGGAGUACGGCGGCGUGGCCGUGAGCUUCCCUCGCACUGGAGCCAACAGCCAGCGGGUCACUCUGAAGGGGGCAAAGGACUGCGUGGAGGCGGCGAAGAAACGCAUCCAAGAGAUCAUUGAGGACUUGGAGUCCCAGGUGAGCGUGGAGGUGGCCAUCCCUCAGCGCUUCCACCGAGUCGUCAUGGGGCCUAAAGGCUGCCGCAUCCAGCACAUCACCAGGGAGCACGAGGUCCAAAUCAAGUUCCCCGAGAGGGACGACAGCGCUGCAGGUCAGGAGUCUUCACCGCAGGAGAACGGUGAGGUCGGUCCGGAGGCGGACUUCGUCCCCCGCAAGUGUGACAUUAUCAGCAUCUCGGGCCGAGCAGAAAAGUGUGAGCUGGCUAAAGCCGCCCUGCUGGCCUUGGUGCCCAUAACGGAGGACGUCGAGGUUUCUUACGAGCUGCACCGCUACAUCAUCGGCCAGAAGGGCAGUGGAAUCAGGAAGAUGAUGGAGGAGUACGAGGUGAACAUCUGGGUGCCGCAGCCCGAGAAGCAGCUGGACGUGAUCAAGGUGACGGGGCUGGUCGCCCACGUGGAGCGAGCCAAACAGGGUCUGCUGGAGAGGGUGAAAGAGCUGCAGGCCGAGCAGGAGGACAGGGCCCUGCGUAGUUUUAAAGUCACCAUGUCCGUGGAUCCGAAGUUUCACCCCAAGAUUAUUGGACGCAAAGGAGCCGUCAUCUCUCAGAUCAGGAAAGACCACGACGUCAGCAUCCAGUUCCCCGACAAAGGAGACGAGCAGCAGGAUCUGAUCGUGAUCUCGGGGUACGAGCGCAACGUGGAGGAGGCGCGUCAGGCCAUCCAGCAGCUGGUGGCCGAGCUGCAGGAGAUGGUGAGCCAGGACGUCCACCUGGACCCGAGGACCCACGCUCGCAUCAUCGGUGCCCGCGGCAAAGCCAUCCGCAAGCUGAUGGAGGAGUUCAAGGUGGAUAUCCGGUUCCCUCAGCCAGGUUCCGACGAGCCCGACAAAGUGACGGUGACGGGCCUUCCUGAGACUGUCGACAAUGCUAUUGAUCACCUGCUCAACCUGGAGGAGGAAUACAUGCUCAGCGUGACGGAGACGGAGACCUUGGCGGCGUACAUGAAGCCUCCAUCUCGCUACGGAGGAGGAGGGGGAGCGGGAGGACUGGAUGAUAGCAGCGGAGGUCCAGCUAAGGGCUUCGUGGUGCGGGACGCCCCCUGGAACGCAGCAGGAAACAAGGCUCCCGACAUGAGCAGCGCUGAGGAUUUCCCCACGUUCGGGACGGGCGUGGCCCCGAAGCAAACGUCCGCCUGGGGUCCCAAGAAGUUCUGAAGCUGCUCACCCGGAGGGGAAAAACAAACUCCUGUAAAGUAGACAACGAGAGACAAAACAAAUCUCUAAUCAAAUUGCUGCUCGCCUUCCUCCCCUUCCUCCUUUAGUGUCCUCCCCCCUUCUCGUCUCUCUUUCUCUGUGAGCCCCUACUGUUCUCCCACAACCAGCCACAUUGAAACCAGGGAGAACCAUCCCUUCUUUUCUCUUAGUAACUCCUCCUCCCCCUGAGAGAGAGAGAGAGAGAAAAAAAAAAAGAGUGUUAAGGUGCUCUUUUCAUAGUUUCGCUGUCCCGCUCUGCCUCUCGGUUGCACCACCGCUGCUGGUCCUGCUGAAACAUUUCAAAAAAACAAAAAAAAAACAAAAAAAAAAAACAGUCCCCUUUCAUUCCUCCUGCAAAACAAUCACCUCACUGCAGUACAUAAGAAGAGUUUCAGUUCUACAAGAGUCGGCGUGGAAGUACGAAGAGAGGAGUCGGUUUUUAUAGCUCGAGAAGGAUUCAUCCUUUAAGGUUUUCUUUUUACGAGGUGGUCUCUCGACGGCUCACCUCUCCAGUCUCUAACGUGGUGCAGCAGCUGAGGCAGUGAGCAGUGUGUGUGUUUCGGUGUGCGUGUCGGUGGGUUCAGGAGAGGCUUUUUUCACCCACAAGUGUUUGUAGAUCCCGUUUUCUUUUAAGUUUUAUUUCCGAGCCGGGAGCAGAAACGGCCUCUGUUUUGAAAUCCCGAAGGAGACGCGUUAAGUCUGAUUGUUUGUAUCGAAGGUCGUUUUUGUCACAACCGAUUUUAUUUAUUCAAAAAAGGAGCCAUUUUAUUUGAACUACUGUGAUCAUGCGUUUUUUAUAAAAAACUAAAAAAAAAAGAAAGAAAAAAAGAAGAAGAAGAAGCACUCAUUGUAGCUUGCAACCUUUGGGAGCGAAUGCUGUACGUCAGGGUUUGGGAUCAUGUUGUUAUGUCUAAGUGUACAAAGAACUUUUCGCUAUUUUUUUAAACUGUGUGGGAUUUUUUUUUUCUUUCUGUUGUUGUUGUUGGUUUCUGGCAUAUUUGAAAGAUUAUGUAUGUACGUAUGUAUGUGCGUGCGCGUGGAAGUCAAGAUGUAUAUUUGAAUGAAGCUGAACCAAACUUUUA